AGCCGCAUCAAGCUGGGGCUCAAGAGCCUCGUCAGCAAGGGCAUCCUGGUGCAGACCAAGGGCACCGGCGCCUCUGGCUCCUUUCGGCUUAGUAAGAAGCCAGGGGAGGUGAAGGAGAAGGCUCCUAGGAAGCGAACGCCAGUGGCCAAGUCUAAGAAGGCAGCAGCCAAGAAGCCCGCGGCUGCUGCUAAGAAGCCUAAGAAAGCAGUGGCAGUGAAGAAGAGUCCUAAGAAAGUGAAAAAGCCAGCAGCUUCUGCCGCCAAGAAAUCAGCAAAGAGCCCUAAGAAGGCAACCAAGGCUUCCAAGCCCAAAAAGGCAGUGGCUGCCAAGAGCCCGGCCAAGGCAAAGGCAGUGAAGCCCAAAGCUGCCAAGCCCAAGGCAGCCAAACCCAAGGCAGCCAAAGCAAAGAAGGCGGCCCCCAAGAAGAAGUAAACCCCUGAUCUGCUGCUUUUCAACCCAACGGCUCUUUUAAGAGCCACCCAAGAUUUCCCCAAAAGAGCUGAACACAUUUUUAUUCAAUUCUGUGAUGAAAUGUCAUGAGUGUUUUUUAAUUUUCUCAUGCAAGCACAUCUAAU